UACACAAGAAGAAAUAACAUUCCGUUUCUAAUGCAAGUGUUCGAAAAACACUAUCAAGUCACGUGGCGGACAAAAUGGCGAUGCUGGCAGAGCCGAAAAGAAAACAAAAAUUUUCUUUCGAUCCAAGAAAUACAAACUGGAGUAAUGAUGAGACGAAAUUUGGACACCGGUUAAUGGAGAAGAUGGGUUGGUCUAAAGGUAAAGGACUGGGAGCCAAUGAAGAUGGUAAAACUGAGAAUAUCUCGGUCAGUGUGAAGAAUGACACUAGAGGUGUAGGCUGUUCAAAGAGUCAUGUUGAUAAUUGGAUUGCACACCAGGAUGACUUUAAUGCCCUGCUUGCCAAUCUUGGACAAGAUCAUGGCACAGAUGACAGUAAACAAGAAGAUACAGACAAGAAGGUGAUAAGUCUCGAGCAGAAAUCUAGAACAUCAAAGGGCAGAUUACACUAUCAGAAGUUUACUAAAGGUAAAGAUUUAUCACUGAAGUCAGAGACAGACCUUGAUUGUGUAUUUGGGAAGCGUAAAUCCCAGUCUGGAACCAUUACACCACAAACUCAGUCGGGAACCAAUACACCACAUGCACAGUCUGAGUCCAGCUCAGACAAUGAGGAGCAAUCACAUGGUUUUAAUACUGUGACAAGCACUGACAGUGUGCAAGAUUAUUUCAAGAAAAAAAUGGCUGAAAGACUGAAUAAACUUAAGAGUAAUGAAGAUACCAAAAAGUUAGAAGACUGCUUUAACAGUGAUGAUAGAAAUGAAACUAAUAUAACAUCUGAAAUGAAUAUAGACUCAAAUGAAAUUCAGAUAAAAAAUAAAAGGAAGUUAAAGAAAAGAAAACCGGAUUCUAAUGAAAUAAAUGAUCAGGAUACUGAAAUCCUAAAUGGCAGAACUGAGGAUGUUGUGAAUGAAGAAGAAAUAGUUAAGAAAAAGAAAAAGUCCAAAAAGAAGAAAGUUGUUACUGAGUGUGAAAAUGAAACAGAUUUAAAUGAAUUAAAUGCAGGCCAUAUACAGAGAGAUACUUUAGAGGAAGAAAAAACAUCAAAGAAAAAGAAGAGAAGAGAAAUUCAGAACUAACUGAUACAAUAGAAAAAGAUUCUGAAGAUGUUCAGACAUCUGUACCUGAUUCAGUUGAGCAGUCUGUGGAAAGUCAAGAACAUGUUGAAAAUGAAGAAUGUAUUAGUGAAGAUAAACCAAAGAAGAAGAAGAAAAGUAAAAAGAGAAAAAGGGAGACUACUGAUACUGAUGAUAUAAAACCGAAAAAGAAAGUGUCUUUCCUGUUAGGAGAUGAUGGCAAUGAAGAUAUUGAUAAAGAUACUAUAGAGGAUGAAACAAUAGAAAAGGUGAAUAAACAGAAAAAGAGCAAAAAGUCCAAGAAAUGACUGUUCAGUAUUAAGAAUGUUGCCAAGAAAUCAUCACCUGGGAAGGAUUCUGGUCACCGAGAAGAAGUUAAAACAAUCACACAGCCAGAUAUUUCAUACAACUUGAGAGACACGCCUAAAACAAAAGCUAAACAUUCUACUGUAAGUGUCUGUAUAAAUGUCAGUGACAAGUUUGAUAGACAGAACAGUAAAAGAACAAAAAGGAAAGGUGACUUGGAAUAUUCUGGAUUUACCGAAAUAGGAAAAUUUAACAGCAACGUUGGUUUUAAUGAUGCUAACACUAAAACAUGUAACAGUGAGACGAGGGAUGUUACAACUGUGCAUGAAGUUAAGCUGGUUAGUGAAGCAUUUAGGGGUGCCAAUAUGAGUCAUGUAAAAGGUUACUCCGGUUUGAGGACCACAUCAGAGGAUGUGAAGAGAAAAAUAAACACAAAGUUUAGGUGAAAAGAGGUGUGCUUCCUAAAAAGAAGGGUUGAAAUACUGUCUAAAUUUACAUUCAGUAACAGUUGUAUCUUUGUUAUUACUUACCUAUUAUUUGUUGUUACUAAUGAAAUUGUUUAGGAAUGUUAGAUGCGUGCUGCUUGUUAAAUUUUGUGGUGAUAUAAGUAUUAUUUAAGGGACAGAAGAAAUAAAAACAUCUUCAGUAA